UGUUUUUAUAUAAACUGAAUAUUUGAAAAAAAAAAAAAAAAAAACGGAAAAGAACUUGUGUAUUGGUCGAGGUUGUACUUGUUUUGCAUUCGUGUUAGGAUUUCGGUUUCAGAAAGUAGGUGUAAAGAGAUACAAGAUCGAUUGUGCAAGGAUAUUAGUGUGUAAGAAGUUACAAGUACAGUCAAUUACAUAGUAUCAAGGCAUUGCAAAAACUUUGCACGACUAUAAAUAGAAAAAUCUUGGUAACUUACUGUAUUGUGUGAUAUAAAAGAUAAAAAACAAAAAUGUCAGUAUUGAAUCAAAGCGGAGAGGAUGCAGUGGAGUGUCCUUUGUGUAUGGAACCAUUGGAUGUGAAUGAUUUGAAUUUUUUUCCAUGCACUUGUGGCUAUCAAAUAUGUCAGUUUUGUUGGCACAGAAUUCGUACCGAUGAAAAUGGUUUAUGCCCUGCUUGUCGGAAGGCCUACUCUGAAAAUCCUGCCGAUUUCAAACCUCUAAGUGAGGAGGAUUUCGCCAGGUUAAAAGCAGAAAAGAGAUUAAAAGAUCAGCAGCGUAAGCAGAGGGUUACCGAAAACCGUAAACAUCUAGCAAAUGUGAGAGUAGUACAAAAAAAUCUAGUAUUUGUAGUAGGAUUACCAUUGCGACUUGCGGAUGCUGAUGUAUUAAAGCGGCAUGAAUAUUUUGGAAAAUUUGGCAAAAUUCACAAAGUUGUAAUAAAUCAAAGCACUUCCUAUGCAGGGUCUCAAGGUCCUAGUGCUUCGGCUUAUGUUACCUACCAACGUCCGGAAGAUGCAUUACGUGCUAUAGCGGCUGUGAAUAAUGUUGUCAUGGAUGGGCGAACAAUUAAAACCUCAUUAGGAACAACAAAGUACUGUUCACAUUUUAUGCGUAAUCAGCCUUGUCCAAAACCAGAUUGUAUGUAUUUACAUGAUCUUGGGGACCAGGAGGCAUCGUUUACAAAGGAAGAGAUGCAUCAAGGCAAACAUCAAGAGUACGAGCGUAAACUUGUGCAAUCGUUACAUGCCUCGCAUGCAUCUGCGCAACGGAAACCAACACCAUCACCAGCCGUAACAGGUAGUAGUAUUGUUCGAGAAAAUGGAACUUCAAAUUCUCAAGCCAAAGAAGCUUGGCCGUCGUUGCAAACUGGACAGACAAAUAGUACACAAACAAAUUGUAAAGAAUUAUCACCACCGUCGCAAACAACAUCACAACUAAAUAAUGUAACAAACGGAAGUGGUACAAUAAAUCAACAAAAUCACGUACCGUCAACUGGUACGACGCAACAGCAGACAAACAAUAACAAAGGUGAAAAUAUGAAUUUACGGAGGGGCAAAAGUAAUAGUGAAAGUAAAGCACAGGCCGCGCGAAAUAAACAUAAAAAUUGUCAAAAUAAAGAAAAACAUAGUACACGGACAACUUCUCGAUCUGAAUCAAGCUCUAUUGGUACACAAAAUAAUGUGCAAUCGCAAAUGAAUGGACAAAAAGAUAUUAGAAAUUAUUCUUCCGAAACAAAUAGUGACGUAUUGCAAAAGUUGGGUAAUAAGUGUAAAUCAGAACAACAGCAGUCACCGCCGCAACAACAGCAACAACAGUCGUCGCAACCGCAACAGCAAUCCCAGCCGCAACAAAAUAAUAAAGGAUCCAAAUUAGUUCAACAGCAGCAGCAGCAGCAGUCUCAAGACCUUAAAGUAAAUGGGAUAGUGCAAAAUGGAGAACGUCGACAUUCGGAUAGUGAGACAGAUCAACAACGUGAAGGUAGUACACCGGCUAGUACAAUUUCAAGCUCAGAAGAUUCAAAUGUGAAUAACCAAAUGGAACAUUUAGCAGAAUCAAGUGAGGAGAACAGUGGUGCUGCUAUUUUGGGUUCCUCUCCAGCUAGCACAAAUUCAUCACAAGGUGCCAAUCAACAGCCACCACCUGGACUGCAUAAUGGGUCUCAAAUGCAACUCAAUCAUCGGUCGAUCUUUCAAACGGAUAAUAAUAGCUUCUUCAGUUCAAACAAUUUCCAGAAAAUCUCUACUACCAUAGUACCACCUACUUCCUUAACAGCAAAUCCAAAUUUGAAGUGGACAAGCACGGGGUUAACUUCAAUUCCAGACUCAUUGCCAUCGGUUCAGUCAAGCGAAGAUUGGCAAGCAGCUUUUGGUUUCCAACCCGAAUCUUCACGAACAAAUCACGUUGUACAAAAGUCCAGUCCUUCAAGUUCACCAGGAGUGACAUUCAAUUCUGACGGUUUUGUGGAUGAAGAAGUUUACGCUAAUUUACAGUAUACUACAUUAUCAGAAUCCUCUGCUACUUUUACAUCAAGUUUGCUUGUUAACUCACCAGCAUCAAAAUUUAUGGCAGACUUUCAACAAAAUUCAUUACAACAAAGGCUUGCCUUACAAGCACAACAAAAUCAAGAGAACUGUGAUUAUAUAAAGCAAAAUGGUCAUGCUACCCUGGAGGAAGUUAGAAAUCACAAAGAAUCUGGGUCGGAUAUAAAAGCUGACGAUGACUUAGGUUUCGAUCCUUUCCACGAAACACAGAAAGCACUGGCUGAACUUAUGGAAAACGAAAUGCAACUUCAACAACAAAGGUUAUUUCAACAACAGCAGCAACAACAAAGAGAACGGGAAGAGCAAAAUAGGGUACAGCAUCAACAGAAUAUUGCAAACCUUGGUCAACAACAUUUUCCACCAGUUGCCCAUAUAGCACAUUUACAACAACAGGCUCAGCAACUGCAAAACCUCCAAGUUCUUCAACAAUCGCAUCCCCUGCUGUCUCGUCUUCCACAAAAUUUAUUACAAAGUGGUACGCAAAGUCCUGCUCAGAGUACUGUGACUGCUGCAAAUUUGGGACAACGUAGUCGCCUUCCGCCACCAGGUUUCCCUGGUUCUACACCAAAUCACAUGAAUUCUUUUGGUCUUGGUAUACCGCGACCAGCUCCCACGAACAAUGCUCUUUCGGGAGCACAGCCACCACAGCAAAAUGCCUAUCUUCCAAAUGGAAAUCCUCUGUUGAAUACGCAAGGUAUUAGUAAAUGCGCGGGCGAUGCAGUUUAUACGCUUAAGGAUUGGUGUGAUAUUAAUAAUCAACAACAACAACAACAAUUUCAUCAUCAAGCAUUGCAUCAAAAAGGAGGAUGGAACAAUUUUGGACCUAUUGCAGACUGGACUUCGAUUGAUCCAGCUAUUGUUAGUUCUAGGCCUCUUCCAUUCCAGACUACUAGUACAUGGCAAUUUCCACAUGUUCAUCCUACACAUACUGUAUCACACAAUGCGCAACAGGAACAGAAUGGACCGACUCAACAUUGGGCAAUGCAACCACCUCCAGGUUUUGCUGCGCCAGCGACUACAGGACAAUUGAGUAAUCAACAACCAAGCACAACUGCACAGCCGCACACCAAACUUAUCUCUGCAGGAUCGGAAAUUGAAAAUCUAUAAAUAAAUAUGAAUACGUGAAGUGUACAAGUGGCAUCCAUAUGAGACAAGAUGAAAGUCAACAAUGAUAUAAAACCCGACAGUCUGUUACGUACGUUUUCCUGACCCGUGUCUAUACCAUUCAAUUUAUUUUAUUCUGAUACUUUAUUCUAUUCUCACUGGAUGAGUAUUUGUCAUUGAAUAUGUAUUGAAAGAUAUACAGUUUAAUGGAAAGGAAUAUAAUUUAAUGAAUACUUUCGAAAUAUAUGCGACGAAUAUACUCCUAUAUACGUUCUCGAUAAUAUUCUUAUAUAUAAUCUAUAGUAAAAUUCGAACUAUUUACAAGUCUGGCAAUGUUACUACGAUUGAGUUUGCGUAGGUUGAAAGAUAAAAAGGUAUUAAAUUGAAGGUGACGACUUUGAUUUAAUAAUUAACACGUUAAAUAAGAUACUUAUGAUGAUAAUUAUAACAAAUUUUUGUGUAUAUAUUAUCCAAAUUCAAGUAAACAUAUGCAAGCGAACAAGAGAAAUGCUUUAUUUAUGUAAAUAACAUUUUCAGAAAAACAUAUAUCACGAGUAAAAAAGUGCAUAAAAAUUCAUCGACAUUUUUUUUUUUUUUUAUAUUAAUAAAUUCUUACUUUUAAAUUUAAAAUAGGGGGUUGAGUUCUAAGAAGACGAAAAUUAUUAACAUAUCUAUUUCUUUAAAAUAUGGUCUCAUAUUACACUUAUACUUUUAAGUAUUCACAUCCUGACAACAUUAGAGGACAUUUUUUUUAACAGAUCAUCUAAUUGUCUACUCCUGGACAAAAGAUUUCUGUUAUAUAUGUAUGAUAAACAUGUAUUAUUAUUGUGAAAAUGCGCGGAUGGCGACAUACUAAUAAAAAAAAAUCUUUUUCCUCCAAAUUAAACCAUAAUUAUCAUCUUAAAAUUCAUGCUCAUUCAAAAUUUUCCGACUUUUUAAUCUUUAAACGGAUUGGAUUCGGAACACACUUUAUUACAUAAAUAUUUUACAGACAUUCAUGGUCAUUUUAAUUUUAAACCAUAAGAAAACUUAUCAAUCAUUUUUUAAAGUAAUAUGCAGUUUGAAAAACAGUUUAGAAUUUAUAGGGAAAGAAAGCAGUACAGUGGCGCUUUAAAAUGUUGAAGUAUAAGAGCAGAAUCUUAUACUUUAAUUAUUUAUUUAUUUAUUAAUUAGAUCGAUAUCCUUGUGCGAGACAAACGUAUGAUUUAUAGCUUAUACUUCGUCGCAUUUAUAAUUAAAACAGUGACUAAUGGUAUCAUGAAGUCACAACUUAUAAAAAUUGAUAUACCAAUCAGACAUACAUAGGAUUCAGGAAACUACGAGCAACUGUCGAGAUGAUAAACAUAAAUAGUGUAUCGGAAUCUCGAACAUAUACAAAAUAAAUACCGAUGUGUAACAAACUAUGUCUGAAUGAUAGUACUAUAAUACGAAGCGUUAUCGUCGAAUGAUUAACAUUUUGUAGCAGAUUGUUAAACGUAUCUGCUAUUUGAACGCGGCUGAACAACCAUGAUACAUACACAAGAGAAUGAUUGAGAUAAUGAAGAUAUAAUUAUAAUAAAUUUAAUUGAGUUAAGGUAACCGAGAAAUAUACGACAUGCGCAAGAAA